GCGUUUGCACCAACAGGUUUAUACGAUUGUGUUUAGUGGAAGCGCGGUGAGAUGAUCUACAGUGCGCGCGGGACUACACUGACCUACACACCAGCUGGCAUCUGCAACAAGAAGGAUAAUUUUGCAUGUACACAUAAAAAUACUAUUUAUUACAUCUGCAGAAAACAUAGCAAUUGUCAAGUGAACCUUAAAUAAUUCUACCAUCAUGGAACUUGACGCGUCUAUCAUUCUCCCUGCGCUCUUCUUUACCAUUCUUGCUGUUGUCUUGGCAGCCAAAUUCAUCCCCAAAAAACAACCAGAGGAGAAGAAGAAGAAGGUUAAAGUAGGCAACGGAGACGAAAUUCCACCUUCCAGAGUAUUGGCACCAGCAGUAGCAAUACUGGAAGUACCAAAAAUGGAGGUACCCCCACAAGUGGUAGAAGCUGAAGUUAUACCCGAGCCAGUAACAGUUGCCCCAGUAGUUGAAGAGAUCAAUGUUGUAGAAGAAGAGACAGUUAAAGAGCCUGAAAUGAUCCCUGAGGUUCGGGCUGUGCCAGAGCCCGUGCCAGAGCCCGUGGUUGAGCCAGAACCCGUGCCUGAGCCCAUCCCUGAGCCAGAGCCCAUCCCAGUCGUUGUUGAGGAGCCCAUCCUUGACCUCAUCGCCAAAUCUGUGGGGAAGGAGGUCCCCGUCAGAGAGCCCACCCCUGAGCCAGCAAGGGAACCCAACCCCAAGCCAGCGAGGGAACCCACCCCUGAGCCCAUCUUUGUGACAGAGCCAGAGGACCUUGAGAGCAACGCUGAGGAGGUGCACUUUACCCCAGGAAUGAAGAUUAGCAAGUUGGAGAAGCUGAUGACCAAGGAGGAGAUGGAGGAGGAGCAGAGGAUAGAGCUCACACCUGACUUUACCUCUCUAUAAGCAACAUCGACAAGCACACUGUGAGUUAGGAAGGAUUAUGGGGUGCAAAAUGAUCAGUUGGCGGCCAUCUUUCUCCUGCUGAUGCAGAACCAGGAGGCACUAGGGGAGGUGACUGAGGGAGACAUGGAGGAGCAGCUCAAACUCUACUCCCUGUAGCAGAAUGGGGCGGUUCUAUUAUUGUCAACCUUGUAUAGGGCUGAAUAGCCUGUUCCCCUUUUGAAAGUGCAGGUGUCAAGCAGAGCAACUGUCAAUGUAUAAUACCGUAUUUAUGUUUGACUUAUCAUGUCAGGUCAGAAUGAUCCAUAACAGACAAAGACAAUAGGUUUAAUAUUCUGACAUACUGUAGUGGGAUAGGUUAAAUGGCAUUACCCAUAAGACCAAAACAAAUUGUACUACACUUGAAUGUAAGACACAAGUCUUUAUACUGUUGUUGUUCUGUUAACAUUGGUUAUCGUAAAGUAUGGCAAUGUUACAAUGGCUUAAAAAUCACACGUUCUUAGAGUAUGAACAAUUGAAUGAACAAACAAUUGCAUGUAACUUAUUUACAUUAAGUAUAUUGACAACACACUAUUUGUUUAUAUUACUUAAAUGUUUAAUGAAGUAUUGUUGGUAAGUAUUUUCAGUUGUAAAGAACUAUUUUGGAAUGACUUUGUAGUGUUAAUAUAGGUAAUAUUGAAAUAUACACUGAGUGUACAAAACAUGACAUAGACUGACCAGGUGAAUCCAGGUGAAAGCUAGGAUCCCUUAUUGAUGUUACUUGUUAAAUCCACUUCAGUCAGUGUGGGUGAAGGGGAGGAGACAGGUAAAUAAGUAUCUUUAAGCCGGCAGACAAUUGAGACAUGGAUUGGCUGAAUGGGCAAACAAAGUGCUUUGAAGGGGUUAUGGGUUGUAGGUACCAGGUGCACCGGUUUGAGCAUGUCAAGAACUGCAACGCUGCUGUGUUUUUCACACUCAACAGUUUCCUGUGUGUAUCAAGGUCCACCACCCAAAGGACAUCAUGUUGGAAGCAUUGGAGUCAACAUGGGUCAGCAUCCCUGUGAAAUGCUUUCGACACCUGCAGAGUCCAUGCUCUGACGAAUUUAGGAUGUUCUGAGGGAAAAGGGGGGGUAUUGGGUAGGUGUUCCUAAUGUUUGUACACUCAGUGUAUUGUUUUUCAUAUAUUCUCAACACUCCAUAUUUUGAAUCAAAUGUUUUUAAUGGAUGUACAUAGUGUAUGGAGAUAUUUUAGUAGUUUAGAGUCUCAAGCGAUGAGGUUUUAAUAGUUAGUACCACAGGUGGCUGGUGGCACCUUAAUUGGGAAGGACGGGCUCAUACUAAUGGCUUGAACGGAAUGGUAUCGAACACGUCAAACACAAGCUUUCCUUGUGUUUGAUACCAUUCCAUUCACUCCAAUCCAGCCAUUAUAAUGAGCCGUCCUCCCCUCGGCAGCCUCGCACCCUGGUGUAUCUUUUUACCAGUUAUUUUAUUAAAUAAUAUGACACUGUCACGUUCUGACCUUUAUUUCCUUUGUUUUGUAUUUAUUUAGUAUGGUCAGGGCGUGAGUUGGGUGGGCAGUCUAUGUUUGAUUUUCUAUGAUUUGGGAUUUCUAUGUUUCGGCCUAGUAUGGUUCUCAAUCAGAGGCAGGUGUCAUUAGUUGUCUCUGAUUGAGAAUCAUACUUAGGUAGCCUGGGUUGCACUGUUUGUUUGUGGGUGAUUGUCUAUAUUGAUGGCUUGUUUCAGCGCAGCUCGCAUUAGCGUCACGGUUGUUAUUUUGUUUACUGUUUUUGUAUAGUGUUCAGUGUUUUCUUUAUUAAAAUUCAUGAUGAUCACGUAUCACGCCGCAUUUUGGUCCUCCGAUCCUUCUCGCCUCUCCUCUACAGAUGAAGAGGAGGAUGACCGUGACAGACACUCAAAACAGUUGUGAGAUCCACUUUGUCCCUGCUCAACGACUCGUCCAGCAGCAGCCUGUUUGAGCGCAGGUGGCCUGAUCAGUGUGUCCGCUGUGCUGUGGUGGGAAAUGGCGGCAUCC